CUCUUUUGAACGUCACAGGGACGGCAGACCUUUAGUUGAAUGUUCGACAGGCUAGUGAUGAUGCUGUGGGUGGGUGCCCAGUGAGGCCUAGUGAGGUUGUGGCCUGCCACUAUAGGGUACAGGCUGUAUUACGUCAUCUGCCGCCUUCUUACUACGCUCUGCGAUCCACCAACACGAUUGCUCGUGUGUUAACUGGGCCAACAUGUUCUUUAUUAAAGAGUUGACGCACACAAUUCUCCUCCAUCCGUCAUAUUUUGGCCCUCGGAUGCUCCAGUUCCUCGAGUCAAAACUCUACUCAGACGUAGAGGGAACAUGUUCAGGCGCAUUCGGGUACAUUAUUGCUGUCGUCUCCAUCCUGGAUAUCGGAAAAGGCAUGGUUCUGAGCGGAAGUGGCCAGGCCGAAUUUAUCACCCGCUAUCGUGCAAUAGUCUUCAAGCCAUUCAAAGGAGAAGUGAUGGGCUUCUUUGCUGACGUCGGGCCAUUGACAGUUUUCGUGUCUCACCAACUGAUACAUCCUGACAUGAAAUUUGAUCCGACCUCAAAUCCACCAUCCUUUGCAUCAGAGGACCAGAUCAUCGAGAAGAACACUCGUGUACGGCUAAAAAUUGUGGGAACGCGCGUUGAUGCUACCGAAAUUUUCGCCAUCGGAACGAUCAAGGAAGAUCAUCUUGGUGUUAUAGACUAGUCAAAAGAUCGAAUUUGGACGAUCACCCUAUGUAUACCUGCUAUCACUGUAUUCGCUGUGUUAUUUACUGCAAAGUACUAAUGUCAUCCUCUUAGUCCAA